AUGGGGAGAGCAGAUGCAGGAUUAUACCCGGCGUAUAAAAGUUCAUCGAUUAUCCGUUUUCCCGAUGCUAAGGUGAGGCAGAUGUUCGACGAAAGACGGCAAACGACCGUGAAGGGCAUAGACAGGAGCUACCCACUGGAGCCGCUGGAGAACAAACCGCGGAAGCAGUCGAACGGAAACGGCGUGCAGAAGAACGGAAAUUUGACGGUGAACCGACAGUCCGUGACUGUGAAGCGGGUAGCCCGGGCUGACGUGAACAGCAAUUUGAACGGUGGCAAACCGGUCGUCUCGUAUCACGAGGAAAUCACUCGAGAAUCGUUCGGGCCCUCUGCGCGCCAGCAAGAGGACGACGAGUUCGGGAACGAGAACCACGUCGCGCGAUAUGCGAAUGGGAACCAUCCAGACGAGACACACAUCGAAGAAGUGUUGGACGACGACAUGAUAGAAAGGAACCGCAUGAUGGCGAAGCUUCAUCUGAUGGAGUACGACGAGACGUUGAAGCACCGUGUUAAAAACGACCUGGAGAGCGAGGAAUUCCCGGAGGACUUCAUGGUGGAUGUUCCUGACAAGCUUCCAAAACAAAGUGUUACCAAGAAGUUAUCUCAAGCGGAGGCCAGGCUGGAACGCUUUAAAAACGCGAACGCGAAGCGUGGUAACAGCGUUACGAAGAACACAACUAUCGCCUCGAAGAAACGAUCCGACCCGAUAUUUCCGGCAAAGUCUAGUUGCAGCCAGGACAGAGUGGCCAAGACCAGGACCCGUGAGGUUUCCGACAGAGGAUCGAGGAAAGGAGACAAAAGUCCAGGAAGUAGCAGACCAAGAGCAGGGACUGUUGCCUCUGAGACUGUGCAAGCGAUAUCGGACUCUGAGAGGAGCGCGAGUCGAACGGACGGUUCUCCACGGUUCUUCUGCAAGGAGUCGGAGAAGUCUGCCACGACUUAUGCUACCGAUUCCAAAACUCGGACGAAAUUAUCGAACGAGUUAAGAGGAAGAACACGACGCAGUGAAAGUCCGAAGCUUUCUCGCGGAGAGUCUGAAAAGUCUAUACAUGCAGUUGAUCCGAAGACUGCGGGAAAAUUUUCGCCUGACUCGGUUAGAGAUGAGACAGGAAGAAGUAACAGAUUCUUUUGCAAGGAGUCUGAGAAGUCUGCUACUACGUAUGCAGUUGAUUCCAGGACUGAUAGAAGAUUGUCUUCCGAAGCUUUGACAGAUGUCAAAAGACGAAGCGAUAGUCCAAAAUCGUUUACUGAAGAGUCUGGAAAAUCGACUACCACUCGAAAGAUUGAUUCGAAGACUGCAAAGACAUCGACUCGAGAAAUUUCGAAUGAUAGGAAGGACGUUAGACGACGAAGUAAGAGUCCGAAAUUUUUCAGCGAGAGGCCUGAAGAAUCAGGUACUAUAUACGCGACUGAUUCGAAGACUCCACAGAGAUUAACCCGUCAGAAUUCCAAGGAUAUAACAGAUUUUAAACGUAGAAGCGAGAGUCCAAAAUUCUUCUGCAAGGAAUCUGAGAAAUCAGCUACCACGUAUGCGAUUGAUUCCAAGAUCGAAUCAGAGUUGGACAAGUCAACUCGAGAAGUUUCGAAGAUUGUGAAAGAUGUCAAACGACGAAGCGAGAGUCCAAAAUACGCGAUCGAUUCGAAGACCCCACAGAGAUUAACCCGUCAGAAUUCGAAACAUAUAACAGAUUUUAAACGUAGAAGCGAGAGUCCAAAAUUCUUCUACAAGGAAUCCGAAAAAUCAGCUACCACGUAUGCGAUUGAUUCGAAGAUCGAAUCAGAGUUGGACAAGUCAACUCGAGAAGUUUCGAAGACUGUGAAAGAUGUCAAACGACGAAGCGAGAGUCCAAAAUACGCGAUCGAUUCGAAGGACAUAACAGAUUUUAAACGUAGAAGCGAGAGUCCAAAAUUCUUCUUCAAGGAAUCUGAGAAAUCAGCUACCACGUAUGCGAUUGAUUCUAAGAUCGAAUCAGAGUUGGACAAGUCAACUCGAGAAGUUUCGAAGAUUGUGAAAGAUGUCAAACGACGAAGCGAGAGUCCAAAAUACGCGAUCGAUUCGAAGACCCCACAGAGAUUAACCCGUCAGAAUUCGAAACAUAUAACAGAUUUUAAACGUAGAAGCGAGAGUCCAAAAUUCUUCUGCAAGGAAUCCGAAAAAUCAGCUACCACGUAUGCGAUUGAUUCAGAAACCGGUGAGAAAUUCUCCCCCGAUUUCUCCAAGGCCCGGAAACCACGUAGUAGUACCCCUAAAUUCCUUUGCGAAGGAUCCGAAAAGUCAGAAAACACUUAUAUAAUAGACUCGAGAAGUCACUCGACGUCGCCUGAUUAUAUGAAGAACACGGCGAGUUCUGUAUUAAAAAUCGAACCCAGAAACAGGAAAAAUAUCAUAGAGCAAACACUAAAGGACUCUGUGAACGAUACAGUGAAUAGACACAUAGAGACUGUCAAAUCUUCCUCUCCUGAGAGUCUAGAAUACGACGUGGGAAGUUACGCGAAACCUGAAACUCAACGGGAAUCCAAGUCUACGAUGAGCAAAUCGACCAAUGUCUUCGAACGUCUGACGAGGGAACGUAGCUCCAGUCCUCGAUUCCUCUGCGAGGGUACGAAGUCAGCCACCACGAUGAGCUUUGACAGCAGAGACACCUCUAAAUCUCCAAGUUUCGUGCAGAAAAGUAUGAAGAAACGCAGUGACAGUUCAAAAAUUCAUUCUACUUCUGGGAAGCACCAAGUUCCCGCCCUGUCUACUGCCAAAUCGAGAUCACCAGAUUUCGCGAAAUCCUUCAGAAAAUCCAACACCAGUCCGCAGUUCUUCCCUUCGUAUUCGGCUGACAGGUCCGCUACCAUCAUGAUGGUGACACCAGAAACGAUCUCGAAAUCGAAAACACAGUCUGUGAAACCCAACAGAAGGGAACAGGGUCCUGUAUCCAGCUUUUCUAACGCGAUUACGGAACCAUGGGAGACAUCGACUGUAGAGAGCAACGACGCAAGUUCGAGACACUUCAUCCGGAGUUCCGUAUCGCGAUUUUUCUCCGAGCAAUGCGAAAAAGCCCUGAGAAACCUCGAUACGGGAAAUCACGUUCGCUCGAAACCUGUCAAGAAGCAUCAUCCGACCCGUAGCUCAUCCCCGCUGUCGCUAAAAGACAUGAGAACGCCGAGUCCAACUGACAGAUCACGAUCUUACCACGAACGAGACACGAAAACUGACAGAUCGAGCAUUGACAGGGGGAGCAGUCGCGAGUCAUCGCCAAGAUCACGCAAAUUGGCAGACAGUAGGGAAGGAACCCCGGAAUUCUUCAGUUACGGAAGCGAGAAAUCAACUAUGACAGUCAAAGAACGGUCAAUCAAUGAGCAGUCUAGCAGCAAAGCCAUCGCGAAGGAACCACUCAAGAAUUCAAGAUCUAUUACUCAAAAAGCAUCACCAAAGUCAAGAAGUCCAACUAAUGGUCUCAAGAUUAGGCUAUCCAAGAGUCCUGACAGCCAGUCCACUGUCAAAAGUGCCAUUACCUCGAACCGUAGAGGCUCUGGCAACGUGCUGCGUUCGACGAAGCUGAUCCGUGACGCCAUGAGGUGUCAGAGUGACAGGAAUCAGGUCGACUGUGCCCCGGAAAGGCAGGCUAAAGGAUCUCUGACUAUCUCUGGCAAGUCUAUGGACACGGAUGGAAUAUCGGACGAGUGGAAACUGGCUGAGCGAUCGAGAGACGAGGUGGAUAGAAAAGUUGACGAAAGAGCUGGGUCGCCUGCUGCUGGCGAACUUGCUGUCACGGAACCGAGUGGGAAAAGUUGCGCGGAGGUGGACACGGGGAUUGAAGAAAUCACGAUGCCCGAUCGAUACAUAAAACAGGAGCAGUCCCGGGGCACUUACUCGAGAUCGAGCAAUAAGACAUCGGCAGGCGGUGAGAAAUCGAGCGUCGAGAAACUGUUCACGUAUUCCGUGCACGGACCAGUCAAGCAGAGAGGAUCGCUGUUCGAGUCGAGCGUUUUCGAGCGAUCGCUGGAGGAUCGGACGGAUGGAGGAGCUUGCGAUUCAGACGAAGAGGAGCGGAUUAGUCCGAGACAUGCAGCUAGAAACUCGUCGAGCAGACUUUGCUCUGGAAAGGAAGCUGUCGUUCGUGGCUCAAAACGUCGAGCAGAGGAUGUAGCGAGGGAAAAGAGUGUAGAAAAUAUCUCGAGAUGCAGAGGAGGAACUGGUUCGAGGAAGAUGAGCUCUAGAGGAACGAUCGUCGGUAAGUCCAGCAAAGAAAGACGCGAUAUUUCCAAGCUUACGCGAAGUACCGUCGAUCAGUCGGCCAUUCGUGCCUCGAAACGAACGAAGGCGAAUAUCGCGGACACCGGAAGCGCUGUCACUGUCAAGAUUUCGAAAACUCGAGACCACUCGACGAGUCCUCUGCCAAGAGCGAGAAAAGCUAGCCUAAAAGGAACCGUCUCGAACGAAACGAAGAAACGCAGACCACCUUCGCCUGCAAACAUUCCGAAAUCGAUGGAACUAGUUCGUCGAGCCAUGACAGGAUCCAACUUGGCAGAGGCUAGAACGCAGCGCAAAAUGGCCACCGAGGUAACCUCCGGUGUGGUUAAACAGGAGCAGAUUGAAAUCACGAGGAGCAGUUCCACGUCGUCGACCAUGAUCGAGAUCAGGGAAUCAGGAUCCGGCGAGGUUUCUAUAAAAGAAGGAACAUCAUCUGGCAGGAAUUACGAAAGAACGGACUCGGUGGAAUCCGCUCUGAGACGCUUCGAUUCCAUCGGAACGGAAGCCGGCUCGGAGUCGGUGCAUGGCAGCCUGGACCGAGGCGAGGAAUCGAUAACGUGGAAAAGACAAACGGAAUCGGGUAAAACCGAGGGCUCCGGGGAUGAUACAAAGACGAUUUCCUUGAAAGCACUCGAUCGACCGGAUGUAAAUCUUUCCCGAGGCCACGGGAGCAAACCAUCGAAGACGCCUUCGAGGAAAGCUGCGACCGCGCCGCGCGCGCCAUCUGCCGAGGGAAGAGUGGUCGGAAAGUUGACACGUUGCGAGAAGAAAUUCGCUAAAGCCAGGGACUCGAUAGAGAUUGCUCGGAUCGUCGUGAGAUCGAAAUCGCCGGCUUGCAGGGGGAUGCUCUUCAAGGACGCUGAUUCCGGCGAGGAGACCGAGACUGAGAGUUGGAGAUCGAGGUGUAGACUCGGUACCACGAUGUCGGAUGAAAAGCAGACUGGAGAACCGGGGAAUAACGCGUCGAGGCGUUUCGAAUCCGGAAUUGAUGACGAGGUGUCUAUCGACGUCAUAGAGAAAGGGAAAAUGGACGACACGUCAACAGGUGCGGAUCGUUGCCUGUCCGUGAAGCAGCUGAGAUCGAUCGAGGAUAUUCGUAAGUCGAUCGUGGGGGAAAGUUGGGAUCGUAAAGCAACGGGCACGUCGAGGAAGUCGGUGAUCGCGCGCAACGCGCGGAGAGGUUCUAGCGCGGCGGAAGUGACGGAAGCGGCGUCGGCACGAUCGGAGCCUCGACGAAUAAAUAUCGAUGAUCGUGCUGGAAAUAGAAAAGAGAUAUCUUUGCCGAGGCGGUCGGGGAACGUUGAUGCGAGGAAGGACGCUUUAGGGAAUACGGCCCGUUCGUCUGUAAAGUGCGCGAUGCGUUUCUCCAGGGUGGCGAAAAGUCCGAGCCCAGAGACGACGAAGGCGACGGAAACGAGCAGCCGUGCGAGAAGGAACGUCCCAGCGUCGCCGUCGAAAAGUCCGGACACGGUGGCUAGGCGUCCGUCCACCGAGUUGAAAGCUCAAGACACAAAAUCGACGAAACGGCCAACGCCUAUGAAAGGCACGGAGCCAAUUGGAAACAGGAAGACGACAACGACGACGACGAUGACGACGACGACGACGACAGCGGCGACGACGAGCACGAGUACGAGAAAAUCGACGGAUGUCGUCGAUGGCGCUAUUCUCGAGAAUGGUCUGCAUUUACGAGACCAAACUGCCGAAACGAAAUACGAUAACGACUCGCCUACGACGAAGAAAAGCGACGCUUUUGUCAUCGACUUCGACGAGCAACCGCCGAAGGAAAACGAUGCGCCACUUCCGCGGAAACCGCUCUAUCGAAAACAAUCCACCGAAAAACAAAUUCCUUCCACGCAAUCUGUUCGACCCCCUUCGUCAGUUUCGUCCACCUCUAGCGCCAGCUCCGUGCAGGGUCAGGUAUCCGGUAGCAGAGGCAAAAUGGCUUCCAGAGCAAAGACGCCAAUUUCCGGUUCUACGCCGUACAAAGGAUCAGCUGGUAGCAAAAGCGGCGGAGGAGCAGCAGCGGUGGAGAGUCUGGUUGCUUGCAAAGUAUGCGGUCGUCGUUUCGCCCAGGACCGUGUGAGUCUGCACGAGCAAAUUUGUGCAAAGACAGGUCAGAAGAAGAGGAAACAAUUCGAUGCGAUGAUAUAUCGUGUAAGAGGUACCGAUAUUGAGCCAUUCUUCAAAAAAGGGCUCGUUAAAAAACAGCUUGAGAAAUCAAAGAAGCCGGAGGUGAAGUCGAACUGGCGGCGCAAACACGAGGAUUUCAUUAACGCCAUACGCUCGGCCAAGCAAGUGCAAGCACACCUGGCCGCAGGAGGCAAGCUCAGCGAUUUGCCACCGCCGCCGGUUAGCGAUAACUGCGAUUACAUUCAGUGUCCCCAUUGCGGAAGAAAAUUCAAUAAGGCCGCCGCCGAGCGUCACAUUCCCAAAUGCGAGCACAUGUUGCACAAUAAGCCGAUACACUCACGAGCGCCGAAACCGAGGCGUUAAUUCUCUGGGGCGAACCAAACGAUUCUUUUCUACGCCCGCAUCGAACAGGGACAAGAUAUGGAUAAAAGUGCCUUUGUUUUACGAAAGGGAGGCUUCGAAUAAAAAUCGAAAAAGCGAGAAAAAUUUGAAAUGUACGAAUGAACGAAAUUUUACUAUAAGAAGAAUAUAUAUAGUCAUGGUGAACUGUUGGAAAAUAAAAUUCCGAUCGAUGGUUUCAAUAGAGCACAGUUUUAGGGAAACAGCUUGUCUCUAUCUUGUUCUCGUAUCGAUAUCGUAUUAUACGAACAUCGCGUUGAUUAUGGAAUUCUGAAAAAGUUGUAUGCAAAUAACUCGCAGGGGACUAUCAUUCGUCCGAAACGUGCAUGAAAUAAAAUUGAUUCUGUAUUAACAUCCUGACUCGAAGUCUAUAAAUUUUCUGCGAGUAUUUGAGACAAAUGUACUUUCGUAUUAUAUUGCAAUAAAACGAAUUUUCACUACACACUGUAUAUAUGUACGUAGCGAAACGAAUUAAAAUAUUUGGUUACCGUUAUUUUGGAAACAUGCGGACAAAGAAAUUACCAGAAAUAAUAAUAUAUUUCUUUCUUUUAUGUUAUACGUUAAAGAGUCAUGAACUAAUUAUCUGUUUAAUAAGAAUUGAGAUCUAUAUAAAUUUAAUGCGAACGACUUAUUAAUCUACAACGCUCCGUUGUCAAAAGUUACACUACA